UUUAAAAUAGAUUUAAUGUCUUAUUGUUAUUGUCUAUGCUUUCAGAGCUUACAACACAAAAUGAAGACUUUUCAUUCACUUACAUUGUUUUAUCUUCUCGUCAGUUUCAUUUGCAAAUCCCAAGGUCAGUGUGGAGGUCAGUGUGGAGGUCAGUGUGGAGGUCAGUGGUUUGGUUCAAGAUGUCAAUAUCUCUGCCACUGUGAAGGACCAUGUGAUGCGACUGGCGACUGUGUUGGUGACUCAAUUUGCGCCAAGGGUUGGUUCGGACCAAAGUGCCAAUAUAAGGAUUUGACCAAUGUCCCCGAUGCCAGUGUGGUUGUUGACCCACCCCAACAUUCAAAUUGGUUGAAUGAUGGUGACGACUUUUCUUGUAGUACGAACCCUCACUUUCACUCUGUUCAUGUCAGCUGGAAAGAUAGUUAUCCUUACACCUGGAUGAGGAUAGUUACCUUUGACUCAUCUAUUCUGCUAACCAUGAAAGUCAGCUUCAAGACUUCACUCAGGUCCUCCUCCCCAGAGCUCGAGUGUGUAAACCAACACGUGAUGGUCACCAAUCAAUACUCCAUCGACGUCUAUUGUGAGAUGAACGUAACAGUUCAAGAAGUGAUAUUAAAAGGUGUCAAGUCCUUGUGUUCACUUUACAUCAGUGGGGGUCGAAACUCAGCCUUGAAACAAAGAGCCAUACAGUCCAGUAACUACACCGAGGAUCCCUUUGAAUUCAAACAAGCCAGUAACGCUGUAGACGGCGAUACUAGAGCUAUGUAUCUCAACCGCAGUUGUACACAUACAGCAUUAGGAGACCUUGCGCCGACCUGGACUUUGACGUUGGAUGUACCGAUAGUCGCUAAAUUGUUUGUACUCUAUAACAGAUAUGAGGUCAAUGCCACCGUGCACAACCGCUUGCAAAAUUUUGUACUCGAGGCAUAUGACAAGAAUAACAGGACGAUAUUUAUUUAUCAGGACCCGUCAUCUGUUGGUCAGCUUGUUUAUCGUGUACCAAACGUAGACUCCAGGUCAUCAACAUACACUGUCAAAAUUAAAGCCAAAGCUUCAACAAAGGACGGUCUCAUUCUUACCUUGUGUGAGGUGGAGAUUUAUGCAGAAUGUCCAGCUGGUACAUGGGGUCUUGACUGUAAUAAAUCCUGCCCGGACAGUUGCGGCUUGUGCCGUGUUGAAGAUGGCUCCUGUACUACAAUGUGUGCUGGUAAAAGCGACCCUCCAUUCUGUUCUAUAGAAUGUCCUACAAAGCGAUGGGGCGUGAACUGUCUGUCCAACUGCAGUCUCCAUUGUAUCGAUCAGAUGUGUUACCCCUUAAGUGGUGAAUGUAUGAAAGGAUGUUUUGGCUUUCAAAAUCCACCUUUCUGCACUACCAAUUGCGCACCUGGCUAUUGGGGAGAUAACUGUACUCAGUUCUGCAGUAGUCAUUGUGACCAAAUAGCAUGCAAUGGUCAAACCAGAGAAUGUUUUAAAGGUUGCCAGGCAGGAUUUAUGUUGCCAGAUUGUAUACAAGAAUGUAAGAGAGGUUUUUAUGGAAAGAAUUGCUCUCAUCGAUGUUCAGCCAACUGUUUAGGCGGACACUGUAGUCCAACCACUGGUGUAUGCCUAACAUGUGUUUCUGGAUUUCAAGGGCAAUUUUGUGAUCAAGAAUGUACUCCAGGUUUUUGGGGAAGCAAUUGUUCACAGUCAUGCAGUAAUCAUUGUGACCAGGUUAAAUGUAAUGGACAAACCAGCGAAUGUUUACAAGGUUGCCUAGAAGGAUUUCAGCUGCCAAAUUGUACCAUCAAUUGUCAAGAAGGUCGUUAUGGCAAAAAUUGUGCACUGAACUGCUCAACCCAUUGUCUGGAUGGAAAAUGUAACCCAUUUACUGGACAGUGUUUAAAAUGUCAACCUGGAUUUGUUGGUGUCUUCUGUGAAUCUGAGUGUCCAGCUAAAUUCUAUGGUCAAGAUUGUACAAAGAUGUGCAAUGAUUCAUGUGUUGAUCAAUCAUGUCAUCCAAUAACUGGCAGCUGUUAUAAAUGUUUUACUGGAAGAGGUGGACCUCAGUGUGAUGACUGUCCACUAGGAACUUAUGGUGACAAUUGUGCCUUGAACUGUAGCUCUAUUUGUAAACUUGGAACUGGAUGUGAUCCCAUUUAUGGAUCUUGUUAUGAAGGAAACUAAAAUUGAGAAUUGACAUUACCCGUUUUCAAUUUGUCUGCACCAUUGUUUCCUUGUUGACAUCAAGAAUGUCUCAAAUACCCGAUUUCGCCAAAUCAACCUAUAUUUCACAUUGACGUUUUAAAUAUAUAUAUAUAUGUAUGUGUGUGUUUGUGUGUUCAUUACUUACAUGACUUUUUUUAAACACUGUUAACAAUCAGGCGUUGUAGUUAACUGAAUUAGUUCUAAGCUGUUGUUUUUUAAAUAAUUUAUCAUUUGCAUAUAUAACUUAAUAAAUAAUGCAAUAUUUAAAAGCAUAUAACUUUUAUACUUAGGUUAGUCUAAUUGUGUUGUUAUUAGGGUUGCACCAGAGCAGAGCUGCAUCUUCGGCCGGACCAGGCGUCUGAUCUAGCGAUGUGUAGAACUGACCCCUUAUCUGCCUAGUCCAUUGCAUUGAGUUUUUUUAGAUAGACCUGACCACAUUAAACCAGGAGGGAUUAACGUACCGAGCUAAGACACAUGCUGACACUGUCAUGAAGUCACAUAUCCAAUGCCAAUGAUGUGGUUACUUUGAGAUAUAUCUCAAUUAGGGUGUGACCUCUCCAGACAAUGAUCUCAAGGUCAAGACAGACCCAAUAACUGCUGAGGAGGUUACCAUGGCCAUUGCAGUGCUAAAGAAUAACAAAGCACCAGGACUAGACAUGAUAUCAGCAGAAAUGCUAAAAUAUGGGGGACAGUGCAUUGUUAACAGAAUGACUGAUCUCUUAAAUAUCUGUUGGCGAACUUCAAAAGUCCCAGAGGACUGGCAAAAGGGAGUGAUUGUAAAGCUUCCAAAAAAGGGCAACUUGGCAGACUGUAACAACUGGAGGGGCAUUACUCUCCUCUCUGUCCCAGGCAAGGUUUUCAGCACUGAGACGGCUUCAACAGUCUGUAGAUGAAAGGCUCAGAGAAGAACAAGCAGGUUUCCGAAGAGGCAGAUCAUGUACAGAGCAGAUUUUCGUUUUACGAAAUAUCAUAGAACAAAGUCUUGAGUACCAACAACGGCUAACGAUCAGUUUCGUGGACUUCAAAAAAGCGUUUGAUAGUGUCCACCGAGAAUCACUAUGGAAAAUAGUUAGAGAAUACGGUAUACCAGAAAAAUUCGUCCAGAUCCUACGACACCUUUACAGUCAGUCUAGUUGCUGCAUUAAAACAGAAGAGGGAACAACAGAGUUUUUUACAAUCGAGACAGGUGUGAGACAGGGGUGCAUCUUAUCUCCCUUCCUUUUCCUCCUAGCCAUCGACUACAUAAUGAGGAGAGCAAUGAACCAGACUGCCUUUGGUAUUCCAUGGCAUGAACAACUCCGAUUGACGGACUUGGACUUUGCUGAUGAUGUUGCACUACUCGGGGCUACAAAUAAAUGCAUUCAAGAAAUGACGGAGAGCCUAGACAGAGAGGCACCCAAAAUUGGCCUCCGCAUAAACUUGGAUAAGACUAAAAUUAUGCGAGUGGGAUAUAAGGCAAAGGGUGUCCCCGUCAGACUUGGCGAGUCAAAGCUUGAAGAGCUGGACAAGUUCACGUACCUUGGCAGCAUCAUAACAAAUGAUGGAGAAGCUUACCAUGAUGUAGCGUGCCGAAUAGGAAAGGCAGGGAGCAUUUUCCAAAGGCUGCAGCCUAUUUGGACUAGCCAAGCCAUUGGACUCGAGACAAAAAUACACCUUCUCAACACAAUCGUCAUUCCAACUGCUACAUAUGCAUGUGAGACGUGGAAGUCAUCUGUCAAAAUUGAGAAAAGACUAAAUGUGGCUCAACAGAGAUGGCUGAGACGGAUUUUGGGAGUCAGUUACACAGACCGGAUCUCAAACAAGGAAAUCCUUUGCCGAACUGGGAGUCGAACACUUAGUGAGGUUGUGACUGAGCGUCGCAUGAGGUUUGCGGGACAUGUUCUACGUCAAAAUGAAUUACGCACACCAAGAGUUGCGAUAACAUGGAAGCCAAAACGAGGAAAGCGCAAACAGGGACGUCCUCGUAUUACCUGGCGACACACCUUCAUGGAGGACCUCAGAACAGUGGACACCAGAUGGGAAGAGGCUUCAGACAUUGCCAGUGACAGAUCAUUAUGGAGACAGCUUGCCGCCCAAUGCGCCGAACGGCGCGGGAGCACCUAAGUCUAAGUAAGUCUAGGGUGUGACCUAAACACUUUACAUCUCUGGUGUGACCUAAACACUUUACAUCUCUAUGCUUUAUAGUUUCCAGGUUUUGGUUUUGUUGGAAUUUGACGAGUUAGCCCUACCAUUUUUUUAAUUGUAACAUUGUAGACUUUAGACAAGAGUAACGUAAGUUCUAGCCCUUACUGAUUUGUAGGAUCGUUGGUUGAUGUUGUUUAGAUUUGUGCGUAAAACAAUUUGAUUAUUGUGUUAAGUUGUGAGUUACGAAAACAUAUAGGUAUUAAACACGGGUGUUAUGGCAAGAUAAGUGAUGUUCCAGUUGUAAGUAGAGGACCUGGUCAUCUAUAUUUGUGGGUCGUUUAAUGUUGUGUAUUGUUUAUUUAGCUGUUGUAUGUAACCAUUUUUAAUACUGUACCAGAUAAUUUGUUCAUUCUACUCUAAGAACUUCACUAUAGCCGGCUUCAAUGGAUAUCAACCUACGAUAAUUUUAUAAUCUUGGAAUUUAACUAUAUACUCCAUAGUACAAUAACUAAUAAGUACACUUUUAGUUUCUUAAGGUUCAAAUUUGCGUACAUUAGCAUAAAUUAUUAUUUUCUAAAUAAAUAUUAUUGUUGAGUUACUUG